CAUCACGCACCGCGACGCCGGCGCUCGUCCAAUCAGGUGCUGAGUGUGAAGCUGAGGACAGACGCAGAUGAUAUGGCAGCUUUGAGAGCGGCCAGCUGGAAGUGUCUUUGUUACCGCGGAUUAUGAGCCGUCUGUGACCGACACACGGACCCCUGUGCCCGCCGCACGGCCCCGGAUCCGGAUCCCCGCACACAUGUUGUACCUGCUGCUGCUGUCCGCCCUGUCCGGGGCGCUGCUGACGCUGCUGCUCCAGUUCCUGCUCCUGUACCGGAGGAGCCCGGAGCCCGUGGGCCGGACGGUGCAGUACGGUCAAGUAGUACCGGAGGACUCCCUCAAGGAGUACUUUAAAUCCGAACCGGGCCCACCGGGCCCCCCGGGCCCACAGCCCCAGCAGGACGGCACCGGCCCCGGACCGGCCAAGCCUCCGGAGGCCGGGUCCGGCCGGCAGCAGGAGGCGGCUGUCACCGGCAGACUGCCCCCCCCUCCUCCUCCACCGCCGCCGCCUUCCCAGCCCGAACCCCCGGAGGCGAACCGAGCCGAAAGCUGCCAGUUCCUGAACGCCAUCUUCCUGUUCCUGUUCCGGGAGCUCCGGGACACCCCCCUGGUCCGCCACUGGAUCACCAAGAAGAUCAAGGUGGAGUUCGAGGAGCUGCUGCAGACCCGCACCGCAGGACGGCUCCUGGAGGGGCUGAGUCUGCGGGAGGUGUCCCUGGGGAACAGCCUGCCCGUGUUCCGGUCCGCCACCCUCAUGAAGCCGGUGGCCCUGGAUGAGGACGGCAUGCCGGAGGAGCUGAACCUGGAGCUGGGCCUGGCCUACAGCGGAGGCUUCCACCUGGGCAUAGAUGUGGACCUGGUGUUCGGCAAGUCCGCCUACCUGUACGUCAAGAUGAGGCGCGUGGAGGGCCGGCUCCGCCUGCAGUUCACGCGCGUGCCCUUCUCCCAUUGGUCCUUCUCCUUCCUCGAGGACCCGCUGGUGGACUUUGAAGUCAAGUCCCAGUUCGAGGGAAGGCCCCUCCCACAGCUGACGUCAAUUAUAGUCAACCAGCUGAAGAGGGUGAUCAAAAAGAAGCACACCUUACCCAACUACAAGAUCAGGUACAAGCCCUUCUUCCCGUUCCAGGUCCAGCCUCCUCUGGGUUCCACCGACCUGGACCUGGACCUGUGUGUGCAGGACAGCAGACUGGGGGAGGGACGCCUGAGGGUGGGGCUGAUCCAAUGUAGCAGACUCUUCAUCCUGGGCUCCUAUGACAGAGAAACCUCAGUCCACUGCACCCUGGAGCUGAGCCCCCAGCCCUGGAAGGAGAAGAGCCGCAGCUCCAUCAAACAGUCACUGAUCCACAUUAGUCCAGUCCCAGUCCGUGUCAAAGUGACAUCUUCGGUUCAAGUGCCCAAACUGUUGAAACAGGCUGGAGACCGGGUGGUGGUUCUUUACGAGAGACCAGUUCGUCACCAGAAUCCCUCUUUGGGGAGCCUAGGAACUCUUCAGGAGGGGUUUGGGCAACUAGAGGAAGGUGGUUUUAUAUCCCAGCCAGGGGGGUAUGAGGAAGACCCAGCCCCCAUCACCACCCUGUCCGACAGCAAUCUGCUAUCUGACAGCAAAGACCUGGACUCAGAGUUUGAAGAGCUGAUUGUUGACCCCAAACCCACUCAGACUGGUGCCCCCAACAGCGCUACAAGUACCGCUGAAACAAAGGAGGAUUUCUUACUUACAGUAAACCAAAGCCCCAAAAGGACUGUGGCCACCUUGGCCUCAAAGCCCCUCGGUACCAUAUCGCCUAUCCUCAACCGAAAGUUGAACCUGGUGGGUCUGCAGUCGCCUCUAAAGCCCCAGCCCAAAGAAUCGCCAAAGCCCUCGCCGCAUAAGUCCAGCAGUGACCAAGGAGAAGGUCCGCAACGCCCUACUGUUCCUCCCCCACCUGUUCCCUCUCGCCCCCCAGUGCCGCCAAGACCUCAGAUCAGGUUGACCUCGGCCUCCUCUGAAAUCAGUCUUUUAGAAAACAUUGAUUCAGUUACAAGUACGAAUACUUCUGUCACUUCUACCGCAACUACAACAGUCAGCACUUCUGAAAAAUCUCCUGAAAAAGCUCCAGUGAGCACAGCUGGUGAGGACAAAGCCAGUGCUGAGAAGACGUGUACCAAACCAACCGAGACAAAACCAUCCACCAGGCCUGCGGACUCAAGUGACGAGCUGCCCGUCCCUCCCAGUCUGACAGGCAGCGCUAAAACCGACCAAGCCAAGGACAAGGCUUCAGAGAGCUCCUGUAGCACACGAGACAGUCUGGACGAUCACUCCCUUUGGGAAUCUGCAGAAACCACGAUCCGUAACCAAACUGCACGCUGGUCCAAGGCCUCUGUUGUGUUUGAGGUGGAAAGCAACCAUAAGUACCUUAAUGUGGCCCUGUGGUGUAAAGAUCCCUUUAAACUGGGCAGCUUGUUGUGCCUGGGUCAUGUUAGCCUCCAGCUGGAGCAUAUAGCCCUGGAAUGUAUGGCCACAUCUUCAGCUGAGUACCAGAGCACCUUCAGACUGGGGCCUCCUGAGCCCAGAGCUAAUGUGAGCCGCACCGCUCUACGAAGCCUCAGCACCCACAAAGGCUUCAACGAAAAGCUGUGCUACGGAGACGUGACUCUGAACUUCUGUUACUUAGCUGAGGGGGAGGUGGAGUAUCCUGGAGGACUGGCAGAACGGGAGCGGGAGGGCAGUCUCCAUGAAGAGGACCUAAGGGAGCGCGACAAGGAGCACAUUCCCUCGGCUCCACGCGACGAUUUGGCCUACGGUGCCAUGCAGCUAGUGGAAGUUCGACACAACUUCCAGGACACUCAGUUCCAGAACCCCACCUGGUGUGAAUACUGUAAGAAGAAGGUGUGGACCAAGGCGGCCUCUCAGUGCAUGGUCUGUGCCUAUGUCUGCCACAAGAAGUGCCAGGACAAGUGCCUCGCCGAGAACCCCUUCUGCGUGGCGGCCACCGAGCGCCGCGGAGCCGACCCCGAAGCCAAAUCCACACUGAACCGGGCCACCACCGGCCUGACGCGCCACAUCAUCAACACCAGCUCCCGCCUGCUCAACCUGCGCCAGGUUCCAAAGACCCGACUGGCGGAGCAGACCAACGACACGGCGCCCGGGACAGUGGAGCCGUCACCCAAACACACCCCCAACACCUCCGACAACGAGAGCAGCGACACAGAGACCUACACCAGCGGCGCCAGCCCCUCCAAGCAGCCCGCCGGGAGCGCGGGCAGCGGGAAACUGGUACGCAAAGAAGGCGGUUUAGACGACAGCGUGUUCAUCGCGGUGAAGGAGAUCGGCCGCGACCUGUACCGGGGGCUGCCCACCGACGAACGCUCACAGAAGCUGGAGCUGAUGCUGGACAAGCUGCAGCAGGAGAUCGACCAGGAGCUGGAGCACAACAACGCCCUGCUGCUGGAGGAGCGGGAGGCAGCCGACGCCAGGCGCAAGGCGCUGAUCGGCGCCGCCCUGGCCAAGUCCGGAGAGAGGCUGCAGGCACUGACACUCCUGAUGAUCCACUACCGAGCCGGCAUCGAGGACCUGGAGUCCGUGGAGAGCACGUCGCCGUCGGAGCAGCCGGGCUUUAAGGGCAAAGGGGAGGGGCUGGAGGAGGAGGGGCUUCUGGGGGCAGAAGUCUACGACAGCGACACCUGCAGCCCCGUGGAGGUGCAGCUGCUGGAUGACAUCACAGAGGAGCAGAUCUGUGUGGAGGCGCUGCAUUAGAACCACAGAGGAACCCCCAGAGGAACCCCCGGAGGAGCAGGUGUGCAGUAGAACCCUCUGGAAACACAUGGGGCUGGUUCUGGUUCUGGUUCUGGUUUGUGCCUCCCAGUGAAAUGAGAUUGUAAAUGGACCCUUUGUGUUUUGGUGAUGGUGGACGUUGGGCUCCUGCGUUUUUUACAAAGUGAAGGACUUUCUGCCCCGACAACACAUUGUUCUGAAGGGAACCUGAACGCCCCACUGUUCUGAAGGGAACCUGAACGCCCCACUGUUCUGAAGGGACCCUGAACGCCCCAUUGUUUUGAAGGGACCCUGAACGCCCCACUGUUCUGAAGGGACCCUGAAUGCCCCAUUGUUUUGAAGGGACCCUGAACGCCCCAUUGUUUUGAAGGGACCCUGAACGCCCCACUGUUCUGAAGGGACCCUGAAUGCCCCAUUGUUUUGAAGGGACCCUGAAUGCCCCUCCACCCUCAGUCCUGCUGCAUGUUGAUCCUCCUGUUGGUGUUUUUUUUUUCUUUGUGACUUAAACUGUCUCCAGGGUCUGUUUCAGUUUGUGUGAACACUUCAUAUUAACGCACACAUAAAAACCCCAUUAAAUUAUGAAAAUACUUACUUUUAUAAACUAUCCAAACAAAAAAGAUGUGAAUAAAUUGAAAAAACUAAAGUUUCUAAAGAAAAAUCAAUCCUUUGGUGGGCCUCAUUGGAACCUUUGGUGGACCACAUUGGGACCUUUGGUGGACCACAUUGGAACCUUUGGGGGGCCUCGUUGGAACCUUUGGGGGGCCUCGUUGGAACCUUUGGGGGGCCUCGUUGGAACCUUUGGGGGCGUUUAUUUGGCCCCUGGUCCACAUGUUUGACAGCCCUGCUGUAGUCGUUGCUUCUUUACGUCCACAUUGACUCUUUCUUGGUCGUUGUGAAACUGUUCUUCAUGCCUUCUGGACCCUCUUGGUCUAAUUUUGACCCUCUUGGACUCUUCUGGACCCUCUUGGACUCUUUUGGACCCUCUUGGACUCUUCUUGAACCCACUGUUCCCUUCAGUCUCAUCAGAAUUCCUUUCUUUAUUUCAUUUUUUCCAUCAGAAUUCCUGCUCACUGAUGCUCAGCCGUUGUGUCAGUUCUUAUUUCAUGUGUUUGUACAGAGGCAGACAUGUGCUUUAUGUCCAGCAGAUCCAGUCACAGACAUGUGCUUUAUGUCCAGCAGAUCCAGUCACAGACAUGUGCUUUAUGUCCAGCAGAUCCAGUCACAGACAUGUGCUUUAUGUCCAGCAGAUCCAGUCACAGACAUGUGCGUUCAUAUGAAGUGUUCCAUUCUUUCAUUUUGAAGGAAGGAGGAGAAUUACUGGAGUUUAAAAACAGGGAAAACCCGGCUGUGCAUUUGUCUAAACUCAAACAUAUCCCCUGUUUUCAGCACUUUGGUUUUGUUUUUUUUUACUGUAAUAUAUUGCGUUUUAGUCUCCCACCCCCGCCCCCCCCUUGCUUUUAAAGCUGUGUUAUCACAUGUCCAAAUGUUAGUGAACUGAACCCUCUGUUGUGUUUUUUUGUGUCCUUCUUUCGUUUCAUUUGUUCUUGGUUCGGCCUCAUUAUUAUUAUUAUUAUUAUUAUUAUUAUUAUUAUUAUUAUUAUUAUUAUUAUUAUUAUUAUUAUUAUUGUUCUUCUUCUUCUUGUUUUCUUGAAGGGUAUAAACAGAUAAAUGUCAUAGGUUUUUAUUCAUAAAUUGACCAUUAAAGAUUGUAAAGAUUUCUUGCCAUGUAUAAUUUAGUUCUGACCCCCCCCACCA